AUGCAAGGCUAUUCUCAAGAACUCAUCGUACCUGUAAUAGAGUCAUCUAUACCCAUAAGGGCUCGAAACAAAUCUCCAUCGGUUGUGUCCGAAAAAGAUAAAAAGAAACCAAAAGAUAAAAAGAAAAAAGGUGAUUCUGGUUCCAGUAGUAGUGAGAGCAGUGGCAGUUCUUCGGAAAGCAGUUCAUCGAGAUCUUCAUCCCGUUCAUCAUCAAGUAGUUCAGGAAGUUCAUCGCGAUCAUCAUCCAGCUCUAGCUCAUCCAGUAGUAGCAGUAGUAACAAUGAUCGCUCAAGGCCUAAAAAGAAGACAUCACCACAUAAGAGCCCAGUUAAAGAUCGUAGAGAACCUGACAGGGAAAAAGUUAGAGAUAGGUCACCAUUAGGAGAUAAGAAAAAGUUGGCAGCCCCAUCAUCAGCUAAUGAUAAAUUAAAAAACAAGGAUAAACAUGAAAGAUCACCAGGUAGAAAGAAACGUGAACGGUCACCUCCUCCUCGCCCCACUCGCAUUCAUAUUGGCCGACUGACACUCAAUGUCUCAAGGGACCACAUUCACGAAAUAUUUUCCACCUAUGGUGCAGUAAAGGCAGUAGAGUUUCCAAUGGACAGACUACAUCCACAUAAUGGUCGAGGAUAUGCAUAUGUGGAGUUUAGUAAUGCAGAUGAAGCAGAAAAUGCUAUGAAGCAUAUGGAUGGAGGACAAAUCGACGGUCAGGAGAUCACGGCGGCGCCCGUGCUGGUGCCGUCGCGCCCGCGCCGGCCGUCGCCGCGUCCGCCGCCGCGCCACGCGCCCCCGCGCCGACACUCGCCGCCACGGUACCGGCGCCGCAGCCCGCCCCGUCGCCGCUCGCCGCCGCGCCGCCGCCGCUCGCGCUCACGCUCUCCGCGCGCCGCGCCGCGCCGCCGCCGCUCCAGGUCCUCCUCCUCUUCCUCCCGG